CCGACUUCAUGUUCUCGCUCGCGCAACGUUACAAGGAUGGCCGACGCCAGGAAUCCCGCUUUCCCGACCGUGAAUGACCCUCCGAAUGUCGUGAAACCUCUUAAGCCUAAGAAACACAGGAAGAAGAACCCUCGGACGCAGGAAAAAGUUCCAGAGCCCACCGUCAAGCCAACAGAGGGAGCAACUGCGGGCGUCGAGGGCCUCCACGGUACCACCGCGAAAGAAGCUGGCAUCAGCGACCGUGAUGGCGAUGACACCCCUUCGUCGCGCCCUCCCACACGCACCUCUUCGCAAGAGAAACCUACACCGCAACAACAGGAACCAUCUUCUCCCCAUACCGCAGCAGCAGGAUCCUUGGCACCACCCAAUAACCCAUCCAAAAUGCCGGCUAAAUCAUCGCUACGGGGCAGCGUCGGGAAUGCCAGAACCGCCAUUCAUGCGAAGAAGGAAGCGGAUGUUAAAGUAAGCGUGGCAGAGCAACCAUUGCUCGAUACCUUACGCUCUGAGAGAAUGACCGAAGGCGAGUUCUAUGACGGUACCACCACGAGGAUCAUCCGGAAUCCCUCCGCACCUCAAGAAAGGAGAAAGUCCAGCGUCCGUUUCGGUGAAACAACCUAUCGUGAGAUCGAGGUCACACCUGACGAAAACCUUCCUCGCGUGCGCAGCGGGUUCACAGUUUUAUUUUCCGUCCUCCUAAUUACCAGCAUAGGCAUCAUUCUCUACAUUCUCUACGUUCGAGCGCCACCUACCAAGAGCAAAAUGAUCGGCAGCUGCGUCACCGAGGCCUGUCACGAUGCCACGGCCUACCUCGAUAACAUCACCGACAACCGCAUCGACCCCUGCCUAGACUUCUUCGGCCAUGUCUGCAGUUCCUGGACCAGCGAAGAGCGCGACAUCAAUGACGGGUUCCUACAGGACGCGCGCUCGGCACUGCUGAAGAAAAUGAACCAAACUCUUAUCGAAACGAAAACCGUUUCACCGGAUCGGUAUGGUACGCACGUAUUUUAUGGGCUUUACAAAUCCUGCUACGACUUUAUGAUGUCUCCUUCGAAACUGUCGGAGCCGCCUUACGCGACUUUUGCGCGGCACUUCGGGAAGCUAGAAGACUUCUUGAGCACUCCUUAUUCUUCAGUACUAUCAGCCUUAAUUCGCGUGUCCCUUGAACGAGGCGUUGACUCCGUGUUCGGGGUUCGACUGGUUAGGCAAAAAGCGGACUUCAGAUUGUUAAUAACACGAACGCGUUCGAUCCAGGAAAAGUUGAGUGGCCACAAAAGCGACCGCAACGUGGACAACUAUGUCAUGUCGGUCUUGCACGAUGCGUCAGCCGAUAAAUUUUCUGCCACGGAGUAUCGGCAGAAAGCGAUGUCCCUGGACGACGAGGUUCGAGUGCUGUUCGAAAGUGACGAGGCAGUGAUAGAGGUUGAUUUCGCGGACGUGAGAGAACUGACGAAAGAAAUCACGGAGGAGACGUGGCUGAAGACAGUGAACGAUGUCCUCCCUGCACGACAUAACGUAGCACCGCAAGCCAAGAUAAUUACGCGAGGGUUCAACGCUACUCGCCGAGCUUUUCAGCUGCUAGAAGACGUGAGCAUGAAGACGGAUACCAAGCUGAAAAUUGUUUACCUCUACCUUCAGUCGCUUGCUGAGGUUCUUUACCUCGACUACCGACGCCGCUUCUCGAGGUCUGACACCAUCCAUACCUGUAUGGAGGCCAGUCAAAAAGUGCUCGUUCACAGCUGGUCCUACCUAUUCUCCACAAUGUCGGCAGCGCAUAACAGCAGCGCGACCAUCAUCGACAUCUACGAGGACGUGUCUGAUGUAGUGGCCAGUCUUCGCCACUUGAGCUGGAUGGACUGGACAACACAACUAACGGCUUUGAGGAAAGUGAAGGAUGUCACGUUAACUCCCUUACCUACUGCAUCCAGUAUUGACGUUGGCUCUAACUACACUGAUUUAAUAUUAGGCGAGUUCUUUGUAGACGGCUAUAUCACACUAUUAGCUGAAGAGCAUACAAUGCUGCUCGAAUUUCCUCCGGACGCUGAACACGUCCUCUUAGACAACCUCCUGCUGGACGGCCCGCUGUCAUAUUACGAGCCACUAUCAUCUGUCAUCGUCCCUACGGUCUACAGAGUACCUCCCGUACUUUACUCUCACGCAGAGAUCCCAGAGUACUUCGACGCCUCAACUGUCGGAAUCUUGAUGGCCGUAGAACUGUCGAGAGUCAUCGGCCCUUCGGCAGGAGCGUCUUGGUGGUCCUCGGACACGAAGGAGAAGUUCGACCAAUCUUUCCAAUGCCUGAUGAACAUGUACGAAAGAAUGGCUCCAAUUAGUACAUAUAAAAUGAGGGCGGCUGAAGCAAUCUUUGCAUGGACCAGGGGUGUAAGAUUGGUGUACGAUAUACUCCGCACUCGCAGAAGAUGGUCAAAGUCUUCGCCGCUGAUGACAACGGAAGCACACCGCGUCUUCUUCAAGCGUUUCUGCCUUCUGAGUUGCAGAUCUGACCCCUACCCGCGACCUCUAACACCUCGUCAACAAUGCACGCUGCCUCUGCUCAACAUGCCAGAGUUUUCUGAAGUGUUUCAAUGCGCUCAAGGUCUGGGCGCAAGUGCGCAUGUGUGCAAGGUACUAUGAUGCAGCACGUCUCAGACUGGUUCAUAGGGCUGCAGAAUUUCAGUGUUAUCGUAAAUGCUGUAAUUCUCAACGGCGUCAAUUGCCUGAUAACCACACCAUAAUAACAGCUCACCGAGAGG